UUUGAUAUCGCUCCAUCCGAUGACUUACGCGAGUUUAUGACAUUGCGCUCCUAUCACUCGUCUCCCCAGCCAUGAGCGCAUCCCGAGCUGGACGCGCCGCCUUGAAAAGGGCCAAGGCGCCUAUCACCGGUGCUCCAAGGACAGGCGGAAAGAUCCCCGUCGAAAGGCCAGGUCCAAAGACCCCGGGGGCGUCCUCGCUGCCGAAUCGGGCCAACCCCCAUCUGUUAAAUCUCAAACCAGAUGAUGAAACCCGAAUGUCGCCCCGAGUUAUGACUGCUUUAGGCGUCGGCGUCCUAGGAAUAAGUGCCUACUGUGGUUACCUGUUUGCAUCCUACAAACGAGAGGUGGCCCAGUCACAGUCUCUGGACAUCCCCAGGGACGUGUCGGACCGAUACAACCACACUGCCGGCACAUUCGACGCCGACGUUGAAAUGUCUGAAAAGCUCAUGCGCAUGGGAAGCAAGCGAAAGAGCCUGGUGCAGCGAGCACGUGGAGACGUCUUGGAGGUCAGCUGUGGUACCGGUCGGAAUCUCGAAUACUACAAGCUCGGCGAGAAAAGAGGUCUCGAUGAGAAGGAUCGCGUCGGAAUGCGAGGCUGUCGCUCGGUGACGUUCGUCGAUCUCAGUCCCCAGAUGGUGGACAUUACACGACAGAAAUUCGCCAAACUUCACCCGGCCUUCCAAGAUGUGGUUUUCCGCGCGCAAGACGCAGCGGAUGUCCCGCCCCCUCCGACCCAGGGGAAGCCCGCAUAUUACGAUACCGUCGUACAGACGAUGGGAUUAUGUUCGAUGCCGGACCCUGUCGGCACCCUGCGGCAUUUGGGGACCAUCGUCGAGCCGCGGAAGGGGGAGAUCUUGCUAUUGGAACACGGUCGGUCGCAUUAUGACUGGCUCAAUCGGGUCCUGGACAACCUGGCUCCUGCCCACGCGGACCGACAUGGAUGUUGGUGGAACCGGGAUAUUGGCCAGAUUGUCCGCGAGAGCGGACUGGAGGUGGUCGAGGAGCAGCGGUGGCAUUUUGGGACUACGUGGAAAUACGUGCUGAGGCCGGCAACGAACUCGUAGAGACGCGAGGGGUGUAUACUAGAUUUGUAUUAUUUUUUAUUUAUGAGGGAUGUCGUUGGUGUACCUGUAUAUCCCCCGUCAACGGUUUGAUCAUUGUACCAUAGCCAGAAUAGACUCAUGC